CUAGCUUUCCAAUCAGACGCAAAAAAAGUUGCACUGUGAGAAAGCACACCAAAGCAGACCUCAUUAAGCAACAGCAUUAGUAGAAAAAGAAAUGGGGAAGAAGAUCCCACACAUAUACUCUGCCCUCGUGUCGCCUUCUUCUUGCUGGUCGACGUCGUCGUCGUCGUCCCCUAGAUUUUUGAGCUCGCAGCUAUGUCAGAGAUUGUUCCUGCUGAACCAAUCGAGGAUGGUGAAGCCCAUUUUUAUGAUAGGCCCUUUUGUGGUAGAACCUAUUAUGAAGUAGGCGAGACGUCGUCCUCAAGGCCCGAUGUCACGUUGGCAAUCACCGAUGCUCCCAGUCAUAAUAAUGAUGUUCCUGAGCCCUUCGACAGUGAAAGGUUGCCGACUGUUUUUGCUUCUGAAAUUCAAAGGUUUCUUCGUGUUGCCAAUUUGAUUGAGAGGGAGGAACCUCGCGUUGCCUAUCUUUGCCGUUUUCAUGCCUUUGUAAUUGCACACAAAAAGGACAAAAAUUCUACUGGAAGGGGAGUCAGACAAUUCAAAACUGCACUUCUUCAGCGACUCGAACAGGAUGAGGAAGCUACCAGAAGAAGGAAGGAGAAGAGUGAUAGUCGUGAACUUAAACGUGUUUAUCAUGCAUACAGAGAUUAUUUUAUCAAACACGAUAAAACUUUUGAUCUAGAUCACAGUCACAGAGAAAAAUUGAUAAAUGCACGUGAUAUAGCUUCUGUUCUGUUUGAGGUGUUAAAAACAGUUAUAAAUGCAGCUGGUCCUCAGGCGCUUAUUGAAGGAAAUGAACUGCACAAAAAAUCUGAGUUCAAUAUUCUACCCCUUGAGCAAGGAGGCAUUCGGCUUGCAAUUAUGCAGCAGCCUGAGAUUAAGGCUGCAAUUUCAGCUACUCGUAAUACUCGUGGCUUACCCUCACCUCAAGAUUUUAAGAAGAAUUCACCCUUUGUAGAUUUGUUUGAUUUUCUUCAGCAUUGCUUUGGAUUCCAGAUUGCGAAUGUGGCCAACCAAAGGGAACAUCUGAUUCUACUCUUGGCCAACAUGCAAACCCGGCAAGCACAAAAGCAGACGUCAAUUUUGAAGUUAGGUGAAGGAUGUGUAGAUGAAUUGAUGAGAAAGUUUUUCAAAAACUAUACAAACUGGUGCAAAUUUUUGGGGCGAAAAAGCAACAUUCGCUUGCCUUAUGUGAAACAAGAAGCCCAACAGUAUAAAAUUUUGUAUAUAGGGCUUUACCUUCUCAUUUGGGGGGAGGCUGCAAACCUGCGAUUCAUGCCGGAAUGUCUCUGCUAUAUCUUUCACCAGAUGGCAUAUGAAUUGCAUGGUAUUUUGAGUGGUGCUAUUAACUUGACAACAUGGGAAAAGGUCAUGCCUGCAUAUGGAGGAGAACCUGAAUCUUUCCUUAAGAAUGUUGUCACCCCCAUAUACCAUCUUAUUAAAGAGGAAGCUGCAAAAAGCAAGGGAGGGACAGCUGACCAUUCUUUGUGGAGAAACUAUGAUGAUUUGAAUGAGUAUUUCUGGUCUCCUGACUGUUUCAGUAUUGGUUGGCCUAUGCGUCUGGACCAUGCUUUCUUCUGUGUACGGCCACCAAAAAAAUCCAGCGUCAAGAAUGCUAUUGCAUCACCGGAUAAAAUAAAAGAAAGGAAGAAGACAGACAAUAAGGGUGAAGAAUCAGAGGACAUAUCAGAUGAAUGUCAUGAACCACAAUGGCUGGGGAAGACAAAUUUUGUAGAGAUUCGUUCGUUUUGGCAGAUUUUUAGAAGCUUUGACAGAAUGUGGAGUUUUUUUAUUCUCUCCCUUCAGGCUAUAAUAAUAGUGGCUUGUCACGACUUGGGAUCUCCGCUUCAGUUGUUUGAUGCUACAGUAUUUGAGGAUGUGAUCAGCAUCUUUAUCACAUCUGCUUUUCUUAAGCUCAUUCAAGCAAUUAUGGACAUCGUCUUUACAUGGAAAGCCAGACAAACAAUGGAACACUCUCAAAAAACGAAACUUCGGGCAAAACUGGUUCUUGCACUGAUCUGGACUAUUACUCUUCCUGUGUGCUAUGCUAAUUCCAGAGGAAAAUAUACUUGCUAUUCAACACGAUAUGGGAGUUUGGUUGAAGAAUGGUGUUUCACUUCUUACAUGACUGCAUCUGCCAUCUACUUGAUGACUAAUGCGGUUGAAAUUGUAUUGUUUUUUGUCCCUGCUAUUGCCAAGCACAUUGAGAUCUCUAAUAAUCAGAUAUGCAGAUUUUUGUCUUGGUGGACACAGCCCAGAAUUUAUGUUGGACGAGGGAUGCAAGAAAACCAAGUUUCAGUGUUGAAGUAUAUGUUAUUCUGGAUAUUGGUGCUAUCUACUAAGUUUCUGUUCAGCUACUGUUUUGAGAUAAAACCACUCAUAGCACCCACUAGAGAAAUUAUGAAGAUUGGUGUUAGAAAGUAUGAUUGGCAUGAACUUUUCCCAAAAGUCAAAAGUAAUGCUGGCGCAAUUGUGGCUGUCUGGACUCCUAUAAUAAUUGUAUAUUUCGUGGACACACAGAUUUGGUAUUCUGUUUUCUGUACCAUAUUUGGUGGACUUUAUGGCAUCUUGCAUCACCUUGGUGAGAUAAGAACGCUUGGAAUGCUGAGAAGUAGAUUUUACUCCUUGCCUGCGGCAUUUAAUGUCUGUUUGAUCCCACCAUCAAGAACUGGUCGAAAGAAAAGAAAAGGCUUCUUAAGCAAUAUGUUUCAAAAGGUGCCCCUUGAAAAGAAUGCCAUUCCUAAGUUUGUGGCAGUAUGGAAUCAAAUUAUAAGCCAUCUUCGUCUGGAGGACUUGAUUUGUAAUAGAGAGAUGGAUUUGAUGAUGAUGCCUAUGUCCUCGGAAUUAUUUUCUAAAAAAAUUCGGAUUCGCUGGCCAGUUUUUCUCUUAGCAAAUAAGUUUCUUACAGCUUUGAGCCUUGCUAAAGAUUUUGAGGGAAAGGAUGAGGUUCUUCUUAGAAAGAUUAAAAGAGACAAGUACAUGUCUUAUGCUGUUAGGGAGUGCUAUGAGUUAUUGAAAUAUGUCCUUGAAAUUCUUGUUGUGGGAAACCUGGAGAAAAGGAUCAUAUGCGGGAUACUAAAUGAAAUUGAAGUAAAUAUUGAUGCAUCAACUCUUCUUAAAAACUUCAAGAUGGAAAUGCUUCCAGCUCUACAAGUAAAAAUAGUUGAGCUAGCUGAACUUCUGAUUGAGGGAGAUAAAAGCCACCAGUGCAAAGCCGUGAAGGCUCUGCAAGAUAUGUUUGAGCUGGUAACCCAUGACAUGAUGGUUGAUUCCAGCAAAAUACUGGAUAUGCUAGAUUGUCCUCUACCAAGUGAGAGCGAUUUCAUCACAUUCUCUUUAGAUGCUGAACCACUAUUAUUUGCCAAUGAGAAUUCUAUCCAUUUCCCUUUACCAGAAAGUGGUCCCUUAAUUGAAAAGAUCAAGCGUUUUCAUUUGUUGCUUACUGUCAAAGAUACAGCAAUGGACGUACCAGCAAACUUGGAGGCUCGUAGGCGUAUAUCAUUCUUUGCUACUUCUCUGUUUGCAGACAUGCCUGAUGCUCCUAAAGUACGCAACAUGCUGUCAUUCAGUGUUAUAACGCCUCACUGCAUCGAGGAUAUUAAUUUUUCCCUGGAGGAGCUUCAUUCAAGUCAGGAAGAGGUCCCCAUCAUCUUUUACAUGCAAAAGAUAUAUCCAGAUGAGUGGAAAAACUUUCUGGAACGUAUUCGUUGUGAAAAUCUUGAAAGUUUAAAUGAUGAUCAAAAGAAAGAGGAACUUAGACAGUGGGCUUCAUUCCGGGGACAGACACUGAGUAGAACAGCUAGAGGCAUGAUGUACUACAGAGAGGCCUUAAAAUUACAAGCUUUUCUUGACAUGGCUGAGGAUGAAGAUAUUCUUGAGGGCUAUGAAACUGCUGAAAAAAGUAACAGUGCAUUAUUUGCUCAUCUAGAAGCAGUAGCAGACAUGAAAUACUCCUAUGUCAUUUCCUGUCAAUCAUUUGCAUCACAAAGGGCUUAUGCAGAUCCCCAUGCUCAAGAUAUAAUCGACUUGAUGAUAAAGUAUCCAUCUCUUCGUGUUGCUUAUGUUGAUGAAGAGGAGGAGAUUUUUGAGGGAAGACCUCAUAAAGUGUAUUCAUCGAAACUGGUUAAAGUUGUCAAUGGUUAUGAACAGGUGAUAUAUCGCAUAAAGCUUCCUGGUCCACCAGAUAUUGGAGAAGGGAAGCCGGAAAACCAGAAUCAUGCCAUAAUAUUCACUCGUGGUGAAGCCCUUCAAACAAUUGAUAUGAACCAAGAUAAUUACUUAGAAGAAGCACUGAAGAUGAGAAAUCUCCUCCAAGAGUUCCUUCGGUGCCAAGGGCGGCGCCCUCCUACAAUACUUGGUUUAAGAGAACACAUAUUUACUGGAAGUGUGUCUUCUUUGGCGUGGUUCAUGUCAUAUCAAGAGACUAGCUUUGUUACUAUUGGUCAAAGAAUUCUGUCCACUCCUCUCAGGGUGAGGUUCCACUAUGGCCAUCCAGAUGUAUUUGAUAGGAUUUUCCAUAUCACCAGGGGUGGAGUUAGCAAAGCAUCAAAGACAAUUAACUUGAGUGAGGAUGUUUUUGCCGGUUUUAAUUCUACUUUGCGAAGGGGAUGUAUUUCCUAUCAUGAAUAUUUGCAAGUUGGCAAAGGUCGCGAUGUAGGCCUAAACCAGAUUUCAAAAUUUGAAGCCAAGGUGGCAAAUGGAAACAGUGAGCAAACCAUAAGCCGUGAUGUAUUCCGCCUUGGGCGUCAAUUCGAUUUCUUUCGCAUGCUAUCAUAUUAUUUCACCACAAUUGGGUUUUACUUCAGCAAUCUGAUUUCAGUGAUAGGAAUAUACAUAUUUCUCUACGGGCAGCUAUACCUGGUGCUUAGUGGGUUGGAAAGAGCACUUAUCAUUGAAGCUCGAAUCAAGAAUGUACAAUCCUUGGAAACAGCUCUCGCCUCUCAGUCAUUUAUACAGCUUGGCCUUCUAACAGGAUUACCCAUGGUGAUGGAAAUAGGCCUUGAGAAAGGCUUCUUCACAGCCGCGAAAGAUUUUGUCCUCAUGCAGUUGCAGUUGGCUGCUGUUUUCUUCACUUUUUCCCUUGGAACAAAAACCCAUCAUUAUGGCCGAGCAAUCUUGCAUGGGGGUGCAAAGUACAGGCCUACAGGGCGGAAAGUUGUCGUGUUCCAUUCUAGCUUCACUGAAAAUUAUAGAUUAUAUUCAAGAAGCCACUUUGUCAAGGCGUUUGAGUUAUUGCUUCUGUUGAUUGUUUAUAACAUGUUCAGGAGGUCUUACCAAAGCAGCAUGGCUUAUGUGCUGAUAACUUAUGCCAUUUGGUUCAUGUCACUGACUUGGUUGUGUGCACCAUUUCUCUUUAACCCUGCUGGAUUCAGCUGGACCAAGACAGUCGAUGACUGGAAAGAAUGGAAUAAAUGGAUCAGGCAACAGGGUGGUAUAGGAAUACACCAGGAUAAAAGUUGGCAUUCUUGGUGGGAUGAUGAGCAAGCCCAUCUUCGACGGUCCGGUAUCCGUUCCCGGCUGAUGGAAAUACUACUUUCUCUUCGAUUUUUCAUCUAUCAGUAUGGCCUGGUCUAUCACCUAGACAUCUCUCAACAUAGCAAGGACUUUCUGGUUUACGUCCUUUCAUGGGUUGUAAUUCUUGCAGUUUUCCUGUUAGUGAAGGCUGUGAACAUGGGAAGGCAACUAUUCAGUGCUAAUUAUCAGCUUGGGUUCAGAUUUUUCAAAGCAUUCCUGUUCAUCGGUGUUGUUUCCGUUAUUAUAACACUUUCCAUUAUAUGUGAACUGUCUCUGACAGACUUAUUCGUUUGCUGCUUGGCUUUCCUGCCAACUGCAUGGGGCUUGAUUCUGAUUGCCCAAGCUGUGAGGCCCAAGAUUGAACACACAGGCAUGUGGGACUUCACUCGUGCACUUGCUAGAGCUUAUGAUUAUGGAAUGGGUGUUGUUCUCUUCACUCCUAUUGCCAUUUUGGCAUGGCUACCUAUUAUUAAAGCCUUCCAUAAUCGUAUCCUUUUCAAUGAAGCAUUCAAAAGGCACUUGCAGAUACAACCAAUUCUUGCAGGGAGAAAGAAGCAAUCCAAAUCUUGAAAAAUGAUGGUAGCUCUCGUGCCGAUCUUGUACAGUCAACUGAUGCCCUUACAUUUCUAUAGGAUAAGGAAUAUUUUGGGAACUAGAUAUACUAUUCAUAUUGAAUUCUUGUAAGUAUAACGAAAUGAAGGAAAACAUGCUCACUGGUUUUGCAUUACUUGGUUGAGUAAGUUGAAAGAAACUGGAUUGUAAGGUCAUUUUCACUUAAUAAUAACGGCGACACAGGUUACAUUAUAAUGUCGAGGCUUGUCCAUGAACGUCAAUGACGCCCCUUCUGAGGGAA